GGAACUGCAAGGUUGUUUUUUUUUUUUAAUUUCCUUGCCUAAGAUAGGCUGUGGGUUGUGUGUCCUGUGUCUCUCUUCUGUGCUUUGGGAUUUGCCCUGUUCUUUAAAUUUGACUUGUGCAGUAACUGGCCUUUUGUAAGGCAGCAUGCUUAAUUAUUCCUGCUUGCCAAUUACAAGUAAUAAAGAGCAUUUUGGGGUAUGUGUAUUCUUAAAUUGAGAAAGAGUGAGGGUGUGUUUCUGUUCUAUUCUCCACUGCCCUCAGCAUGUGUUUGGUUUAUGUUCUUUUAUUUCAUCCAAGUGCCUUAUUGAGGACAAGACCUAAAAUGUACAAUUUAUUCUUCUAUCUUUUGUUGUCUUUGAACCCUUACAGCUGUUUCCCAAAGCUAUCACUGCCUCAUGAGCAGGUGGGUUGUUUGCAUUUGCCUUCUCUGUUUCACCAGUUCUGCAAAAGCUACAGGUUGUCUUUCUCAAAUAAAACUCCUGUGUUGCUACAAAUGUAGUAAUACACACUGUACAGUACUACAAAUGUUGCUUUGGAUCUUUAUGUACAGAGACUACAGUUUUGAUACCUGUUAGUAGGUAGCAAGGCCACAAAGCCUUGAAAGCCUAACAGGUAUCUGAAUUGCAGAUUUCUGCUUUUAAAGACCUCUGCUGUCAUUUCUUUAGUCUGGAGGCAGGGGGGAAGUGUGUGUUUGAAAAUUUUAAUUCCCCUACUCCAGAAAUAGGAAUUUUCAGGUAAUGGGGCUUAUUGAGAUCUGAGCUAUGACAAUGGGGUAUUACUGACAUGAAAUGAAUUAUGUGAUCUCAGCAGGUUUACUAGCUGAUAAAUUACUUCUAGUUUUUAUCCUGAACCAAAUGGUUAGUUUCAUAUAAUAUAGUCCCUGGAAGUGGGACUUAAAGAGAUACCUCUGGGGAAGGAUUUUCAGUUCUUUUAAGAUGUGCUACUGUCUGUAGUAUAUAUGGGAAGAUGUGUUCUACUUAACAGUUUGGUGGGGAUUUUCUUAAAAAAAUUUCAGAUGAGCCAUCCAUGCCUUCAUCUUUCCUGAAAAUAGUAUUUUUUGAAUGUAGAAAUACAGGUUUAACUACAUUAAAUUAAAUUCAUUACUGUAUUGAAAAACCUCAGCUUGAUUUCAAAAGUUAUGCAGAAAAUGGGGCUUUCUGUGCUCUGGCUACUCCACUGUCACCUGUUUUUGCAUAUGGCACGAUUUCUUAACUGUAUGAGAAACUGUGCACAUAAUACUUGUUGAAGACACCUACAGAUUUCUAGAUUCAGUCUUUUCUUGCAGCAAGGGAGGCCAGCAGCCUCUCUAGGCUGCAUCAGGAACCAGCACUCCCUCUCACGAGAAACAGUCCUCCAUGAACUUCUUCAGCCUGAGUCCUUUCCACAGGCUUCAGUUCUUCACAAACUGCUGCAGUGUGGGUUCCUCCCUCUCCCCCCAUGGGGUGCAGUCCUUCAGGAAUAGACUGCUCCACUGUGGGUCCCUGUAGGGUACAAGUCCUUCUUCAACCCUGCUCUAGCAUGGGCUUCCCACUGGGUCACAGCCUCCUUCAGCCCAGCAUGGGGCUCUCUGUGAACUGCAGGUGGAUCUCUGCUCCACCAUGGACCUCUGUUGGCUGCAGGAGGACAGCCUGACUCACUGUGGUGUGCCUGGGAAUCUGCCCUGGCAGCUGGAGCUCCUUCUCCCCCUUGUUUCUUCACUGGCCUGGGUGUCUCCACAGCUGUUCCUCUCAAGCUGUCUCACACCAUCUUUGGCACAAUUAUUGUUGCAGAGGGGGUUUUUUUGCGUUAUCAAAUAGUGGUCCCACAGGUACAACUACCAUCACUGGGCUUGACCUUAGCUGGUGGCAGGUUCAUCUUGGGGCUGGAUGACAUUGGCUCAGUCAGACAUGUGGGAAGCUUCUGGCACCUUUGCACAGAAACCACCCCUAGGGCCACCUGCUACCUAAACGUGGCCAUGCAAAACCAGUGUGGUUGCCCAGGUUUCCUUUCCAAACUUGCCUGUUAUGUCAUUCUCUAUAAUGAGAGUGUGGUUGUUAGUAGAAAUAAUGGAUCCAAGGUGAACCUCUGUAGGGCCGGCACAAAGUGGAGGUGCUGGAGAAAGAAUCUGAAUAGCAAUAAAGUUGGAAUGCAGAUGGGGUAAAUGACUAAUGAGGGGAAAAGAAUAUCGUUGAUAAGCCACUAAUGCAGUAGCCACAGGUAAAGGAGCUCCUGUUAACACAGAAGGGUAUGAGAAAUUCUAAGAUUUUUACUGCAAGCCUGAGAAAGCUGGUAGCAGGGAGGAUGGCAGCAUCUCUUUGUAUGGGUCUAAAGUACUGCUGGAAUUUGCUGUCCUCACUGGUGUUUCUCUGCCCUGUUAAUUGAUCCAAAGUGUAUUGUAAAUGUAAAAAAUAAGUUGGCCAGCAGCUAAAAAAUUGGAGUAUUUUUACACUGAUUAUAUUUUAUCAAAUAGGUACUGAAUGCUCAUCUGUUGCUUUUAAGACCUGCUGGAGUUGGUAAGAGGAACUGUAGUUGCCUCUGGGCAAGUACUGUUGUAGAAGCAUUCAUGUGUCCCAAGCUUCAAUUACUCUUACUCGGAAGUCUUUGCGGUCAAAAGAUUGACAUAGCAGUUGUGGGUGGUAGUUUGGUGUUGAUUUCUGGGGGUUGUUUGGGGUACUUUCAGGUUAGUAGUGGGUGAAUGUUAGCACCUCAGAACUUCACAUAAUUCUGUGUUUUGCAUUUUCUUUCUGAAAUGGUGCCUACAAUCUAGUUCAAUGUCUGGGAUCUUGAGAAGCUGUACCGAGAAACACGAGAAUCGCUGUGAUACGCAGCCUGGGGAACAGCUCUUAAAGGGUGCUUCCUUGCUUGCUCUUCCAGGAUUUUCACCUGGAGUUAACAACUGCAGGCUUCUUUUAGUAACAAGAGAUGUGUAGUCCCUAACUCACUUAGCAACCUUGGGCAUUUAUUUGUCUUUUUUGCAGCCAACGAAUGCGGUCUCGGAAGUGGGGCAUCUCCAGCUUGAUAACGACUGUUCGUUGUUUGGAAUAUAUUUUACCCUGUAUUUGCCGUGCAGAGAUGAUACAAAGUGGAAAAGGUUGCUAAAUCCCUUAUUCUUGACUUUGCUUCCAGCCCCGGCCGCAUCGCCCUUCUGUGGGGCGGGGGCCGUCCGUCGCCUCUCGGGCGGGGCGCGGUGCGGAGGCGGCGGAUUCCCCCAUCCCGGGGUUGGGGCGCGAUGGGCGCAGCCGUGCGGGGCUGCGCAGGGACGCCUGGGGCGGAGGCGCCGGUGCCCGCGGAGAAGCCGGCCCGGCUUCGCGGGGCCCGUGGCGAGGGGAGGCGGCCGGGCGGUGUCCGCCCUGCAGCGGGGCUGCUCUGCCUCUCUGCUAGCAGCGAUCGCCGUUCCGUUCCGUUCCGUGCUCGCUGUUCGCGGGUGCGCCUACCGAGCCCUGAGCUGCCGUCGUGCCAAAUCCCGAGAGGUGCCAAGUGCUGCCGGUCUGUAACAGCCCGCCGGGGCCGCCGCCGGCUCCGCAGCAGGUCUCGUAGCAUCUGCUGGCGGGUUUGAACUCUGUCUGCUUGUAGGGUUAUUGGAAAGCAACUGGCUCCUCGGGAUUCCUUGCCUAAUCAGAGGUGUUACCUCCUCCUCUUCCCCCAGUGUCUCUUGACAUCAUUUCAUCCAUCAGAGUUUCAGAGGAAAAAAAAACACCAACCAAAGCAGAACCCACCCAGUCUGAGAGCAGCCCACACCAGCCCCUCAGUUUUGCCGUGACUGCAGGGAAGAGCUGGAUCGGGGCAAAGAUGAAGGAUGGGAGUGGGGCUGAACUCCGUGUCCUGAGGGAUUUGGUGCAGGGCGAACCGAGAGGAAUCCAGAGCGGUGCACCAGCUGGUAUCCCCCGUAUCCCGGCCGGGGAUCGGUAAGCCCCGCGAUCGCGCGUAGGGAUGCGAAGGUGCUUGACCCGCGGGAAAGGAGUAGCCCUCAAGCUGCCUUUGCCCCUGCUCGUCCUUGUUGCUCCAUGGGAUUUCUUCUGCCCCCCGCAACUGACCUGAUGUGGACCGAAGCGUUUCUAACAUGAACUUUCUCCCUCGGAUCUGGUGGUCUCUUCCCUUGGUCUUGGUCUGGGCGACCCCACCAGUCACCUCCUCAUGGUGUCCUCGCUGAACUGCAAACUGCCCGAGCAGAGGGCGGAGAGCCCGGCAGGGCCCGGCUUCGAGUGAUAGCUGGUGUCGGCGUGGGGAGUCUCGGGCAGCUCCCUGCAAAACGCGUUAGAAUGGAAACAUAAACCUGCCCCUGAAACUGGGGACCCCAAGCAAGCCCAGUCUUGGUGUAGAAGAGGAGUUAAACCCCUUCUUGUAAUCCUGGGGAAGACAUUUAACUUUGACUCUGGCUGACGCGCGAUUAAAGCCCGAUUUAUCAGACUGGGCAUGUUUCAAUAAAAUGACUAUCUGUGUCCUUAGUCGUAUAAACGUUAUUUAUUGUGAUGGCUUUUUGUCAUGGUGUCUUCUAAAUGCGAUAUUUUUUAGAAGUUACGGCAUUAACGAUUUCAUGAUCGUAUAUAAUAAUGAAAAUUCAAAAAAAGAACAUUUUCUUCUGUUUGAUCCCUUCAAAAGACACCUAUAGAAGUUUGGAUUUUAUGAAAGGUACCUUUCGAAACGUUUCAGGACUAAUAGAGACCAUCUGGAUACAGAUGAUGUAAUUUAAUUUUUUCAAGGUUUGGUUGUUGUUUUUUUUUAAGUACUGCACGGAGCUGCAAUAGCGGGACUUGGGGUUCUCCCGAAUGCUUCACGUUAUUAAAAAAAAACACAGGGUCGAUGACUAAUUGUAAAGGAUUUCCACCAAAAAGGCAGAGGUAGCUGCAGCUCGGGACCCGCGGCGGAGGCUCCGGGCGAGAGGACCCUGCUUGCCGGGAGUGGGCCCCGGCGCUGCCCUGCCCCUUCCCUCCCGCAGGUACAUGGGCGCCGUGGGCUCGUCGCGGGUGAUGUGCGACAACGUGCCGGGCCUGGUGAGCCGGCAGCGGCAGCUGUGCCGGCGGCACCCCGAGGCGAUGCUCUCCAUCGGCCGCGGCGUGGCCGCCUGGACGGCCGAGUGCCAGCACCAGUUCCGCCGGCACCGCUGGGACUGCAACGCCCUGGAGCGGGGACAGCGCCUGCUCGGCCGCGUCCUGCUGCGCAGUAGUCGAGAAUCUGCUUUUGUACAUGCCAUCUCCUCUGCUGGAGUUGUUUUUGCCAUCACCAGGGCAUGUAGCCAAGGGGAGCUGAAAUCCUGCUCCUGUGAUCCCAAGAAGAAAGGCUCUGCCAAGGACAGCAAGGGCCAUUUUGACUGGGGUGGCUGCAGUGAUAACAUUGACUAUGGCAUUAAAUUUGCCAGAGCCUUUGUGGAUGCCAAAGAACGGAAAGGAAAAGAUGCCAGGGCACUGAUGAACCUUCACAACAACAGAGCUGGAAGGAAGGCCGUGAAGAGGUUUUUGAAACAGGAGUGCAAAUGUCACGGUGUGAGUGGAUCCUGCACUCUAAGGACCUGCUGGCUGGCCAUGGCAGACUUUAGAAGGACAGGAGAUUAUCUGUGGAAGAAAUACAAUGGAGCAAUUCAGGUGGUGAUGAAUCAAGAUGGCACGGGUUUCACUGUGGCUAAUAAGAAAUUUAAGAAGCCAACUAAGAAUGACCUGGUAUACUUUGAGAGCUCUCCAGACUACUGUAUCAGGGACAGGGAUGUAGGGUCCCUCGGGACAGCAGGCCGGGUGUGCAACCAAAGCUCCCGUGGCAUGGACAGCUGUGAGGUGAUGUGCUGCGGCAGAGGCUACGACACCUCCCGCGUCAGCAGGGUGACAAAAUGCGAGUGCAAAUUCCACUGGUGCUGCGCUGUGCGCUGCCAGGACUGCCUGGAAGUGGUGGACAUCCACACCUGCAAGGCGCCCAAGAGCGCUGCCUGGAUUUCCCGGACAUGACACACGGGCUGCUGAUGCUGAGGACCACAGCCUUUGCCCUUCCUGGUCCAUGCAGGGAACACAUCAGAGAUCUUUUUACUUCUAUGCCUCUUUUGCCUUUGUUGUUCAUUGCAGAGAUGCUGCUGAAAAAUUGAUAUAAACCCUGCGGCAUUUACUUGGCAUUUCUGCAUGACAGUGUUGCUGCAGAGCUGUCUCUGCAUAAACUGAUGCAGCUCUGGAAGGAUGUACUUAUGCCAAGACUCUUCCAACCACCGUGUAACUCUCCCCCAGAACCCUUGUGGCAAUUCAUUCCUGCCAUCAGGAACACGAGAAGAUACAAAAUAUGGCACUUUUACAAGAUCACCACCACCGACCGCGUGGGCUGGGCUUGCUCAGGCAUCUUCUGAAGGAUCUUGGGCAGGUCACAGUUGAGCCCUGGCUACUGAAUGGCUCUGGAGUUUGAGCACUGGCUGGUGAUUUCCCCAUGAAAGAAAAUUUGUGGCCAGAUUGGUGAAAAACUUUACUGGAAGGGUGUUUGGUCAUCCCUGGUGGACUGGAGUUUUCCAGUAAGGUGGCUACCUGAGGCCACCCUGGCCACCAUUAGCACACUGUGGCUUCCUGUGGGGCAGGAAUUGGCCCAUGGCCUAAGACAAAGGAAAUUGCAGGAGAUACAUUCAGCCAUAACACUUCGAUGAACUAUUAGAGUCAAAGCUAAUGUCUUAGUUAUAUGUUUGUGAAAACUUGCCUUAAAAGCUUCUAAAAAUAAUAUUAACUGCUGAGGAUUUUUUUUUUUUCUGAUCUGAAGGAUUGAAUAGAAUGUUUUUUCCCCUAGGGAAAGCUGGGUACAGGACAGUCAACUACCUAAGGAUAAGGUUUCUUCUUUUUCACAUACACAAUAGUGGAAAAAUGUUUGUGAACAGUGGUGGAGAAGGAGAUGCCUUGCCUCUGUAAGGACUUGGAUUCUAAAGAAGUUAUCAGCGUCUAUGUUCUUUUAAAGUUAAUAAAUCUAUUAAAUGUG